CAUUCCAUUUCUAAAUCUUCCAGUAUUUAGAUCGACUCUUUGUGAGUUCAUUUCGUCUGUUUUAGUUUAUUAAAUAGUAAAAAAAGAUAUUUUUUCCAUUUUGCAAACCCGUUUUGGAUAAGUCGAACAGAGUGAUAUAGUGAAAAAAAAAACGAUUUAAAAACCACCAAAUACACCAUGUCGGAAUCAGCAGCGCCAGAGUCGACGGAGUCAAUAUCCAUGCACGAUUUUCUCGAGUUCCUGAAUGUAACCUGCCAGGUAAACGAUUCUUUUAACAGCAGCAAGAAAAAUCCUCCCACAUUCGACUAUAACCAGCUGGCACGCAAUGAGCUGGUUAACAGUAUACAGCAAAGCUCGCGUACAUCCUGUGGUGCCGGAAAAUCUGCCGAACCUCCCACACUGAUUUCACCCGCAAGGAACACUACGACCGGUGGUAAAAAAGACCCAAAAGCGGAAGAUGUAUCGUCGUCGAGCACACGCUCACCAGCGGACAAAAAACUACCUGCCAAAAAGCGAACCGUGUCUCAAAAGUCGCAAAAAAGUAAACCCGAAACGGUCGAGGUACCGAAGAAUCGGCUCGAAACCAUUCUGAGCGAAAAGCUUGACGAGGUGCUCAACGAAGGCAUACUGGAUUCGGUACUGCCUUUCAUUUGUCCAUCGAAUGGGUCCGGAUACCAUCACAAAAGUGGCACCGGGCAGAAAUUAAACGUUAACAACCCACUCGGUUCGAUGAACGGAUCAAGCUCGAUCGGUGUCGGUUGUUCUAGCGGUGGUAAAUCCGCUACCAGUGGUGCUUCCUCGCCUGAUACGCAGAGUGGUAGCAGUAGCAAAAAGUCCACCCUAUCGGCUGUGGGUGAUGUUUCACAAAACUUUCUCAUAGCCAGCAGCAGUUCGACUAAAACGGGCGUGCGUAGAAAAUCAUCGAUCGCCCAGAUCGCCAUUCCCGAUAGCCGGGCAGAGCCCGAAGUCAUCAUUCACGUGUGCGAUGAGGUGAAGGGUUCGUCGAGAGAUUUCUCCUGCCCGCAGAAAUUGCUCAUCACCAAAAUGGGUUACUUUGCGGACGUGACUGCCGGUCAGCGGCUCGAGGAUAUGGACAUCUCCGUACACUGCGAUCUACAAAUCUUCGAAUGGCUCAUGAAGUGGGUGAAGAAGGAAUCGGUCGGCCAGGAUGAAUGGCCCGCCUUAGAUCCGACGAACGUGAUACCGAUACUGGUGUCGGCUAGCUUUCUGCAGAUGGAACCGCUGCUACUCGAUUGCCUUUCGUUCUGCCACGCUCGACUUAACGAAGUCGUGAAGGCUUCCGCAAAUCUGGCCUGCCUGAACGACAGCAUCAUUACGCGGCUGGCAGCAAUGUUCACGAACCUCGAGCUGGAGGUGGUAAAGGACAAAAAGGAUCGCAUUGCACCACGGCUCUGGACCAAGCUGAUCAUGAGCCUGUGCGAUAUCGAACCACAAGCGCUGCGUGGCCAUUACGCAACGCUGGCCGGUAUGUUUCGGUGCCUGAAAUGUGGCAAGUUUCUGACGCAAACGGUCAGUUCGUACAUUCACUGUUUGCCACAAAACUUGCGCCUCAAUCGCUGGGGCCAGCUGAUCAGUGCGCACGUGAAGGAUCCUUCGUGGAACAUUACGAACUAUGUUUCGAGCCUGCACAAAGAGUUGCGCUCCUGGCGGAAGGUUUACUGGCGGCUGUGGGGCCACUGCCAUUUCCUGUACUGUUCGAUCUGUGACACACACUUCCCGGUGAGCCAGAUGAUGUGGUGCCAGUACCAUCCCGAACAGCCCCAAUUUCUUGGCCCGGCAGCGGAGGGACGGGUGGCGGGACCGGCCGGACGAUAUCCGUGCUGUGGGAAGCAAGCCUAUCGGUAUGAAGCAUUGCCUGGACCUUCGGGUUGCCUAUUUCGGGAACAUACCGUACAGGUAGAUACCGAUCGUGAUCGUGCAGUGUUACAGCUUGCACUGCACGCUUCCGAGGGUGGUUGUCUUUACGAACAGCCACCGUUUAAACCACCAAACACAUCCGCCGACCCAUGGUGGAGUGGCAUCGGCAUAGUGCCGCAUCGUUCCCGCCAAGGGCUUUUGCCAACGUUUCACGUGGACGGUGAUGCGAUGGUUAACCAUCAUCACCAUCACCAUCGUUCGAAUCGUCAAAUGUCACAGUCUGCGAUGGACACGGAAAGUGAUUCGGAUUCGGACGAGUAUGAUAAAUCCGGCACAAACCAAAGCCGUAGCACUAGCAGCAGUUCCGAUGGGGAGGAAUCUGAGUACAGCAGUCCACCAUCGUUCCAUCAUCAUCAGCAGCAGCAGCAGCAGCAACAGCAUCACCAUCCGCACCAACAGCAGCAGCAGCAAUCGCAACAACAGUCCAAGGACGUGAAGCGCAAACCGAAACUAUCGUACGGUCGGCACUGGGCAGGUGAUAUGUCCGCACGGAGCAAUCAGGACAACCAGCGCGAGUUUGAGGAGCGAGCGAUGAAGCAGAUCAUUACGAUGGUGGGCAAACGGACCGGUGGUGAGCAGAAUUUGCAGUACCAAACGCACCAGCAGGGUGGUACGUAUAUCAAGCUCGAAACGGAUUGGCGGGAAUCGAUAAAGCAGAAAAAUUUGGCCAGCCUUAAGAUGAAAGCGAACGGUACGAAAUGAUUGCUGUUAAUCGAUUUGCGUGACAAAUCGCUAGAAAAAUCAUUCUAAACGGUUCUUCGAUGAGCUGCACAAGGGUUUGAAACAUUUUUUUCAAAACAAUUUUCCAUUAGGAAUAAAUUUGCUGAUUCACAACCAUUUCUCUACUGCUGGGGGGGAAAGACAAUUAGAUAUUGCAGAGAUUAGUGGUGCGUUCCUAUUCUUGUUUGUACAAUUUAUUAAUUUACAUCAACUGUAAAAAAAACAAGAAUAAAGCGUGUUACUAUCCAUCUUUCAAACAGCAUUCCCAAAAA